AUGCAAAAUGUGGACACAAUCCUAAUCAACGAUAAAACAGAAACAAAUGAAUCAAAUGAAGUGAUGGCCGCGAAGUCAUUGUUGGAUACAAUCGCCGCCACCGAAGACCUAAGCGCCGACACCAUUACGCCAGACAAUGGCCGCGAAGAUAUCGAUGAAACCGGCGAUGACUGUAAUGAGCAACACAUGACACACACAGAGAUGUUGAACGCGACAUCAUCUCAAGACACGUCACCACCCGAUCCGGAGGUCAAUCACUGCCACAAAUGCCUGCAGACAUUCACCUCAAGACACGAGUUCCAGACCCACAACAGUCUGGCCUUCCACUCGGACUACCAGUUGGCCAGACAUCGGGCCUCAGAUCAUGUCAUCGACUUAUCGCCUAAGGCAACAACCAAUGGCGGACACAAGCGAUCGUUGGCCGCAACCCCUCACCGGCCGGCCAUUAAAAUCCGCAAAACUGGGAACCAAUUGUUGCCCAAAAGUAUGAAUAAGAAGAACAAUCAGAUGAAAAUAACGGACAACUCGUCGCUCAAGACUCGGCCACUGAAGUGCGAUAUCUGUUCCUAUAUCGCAGACAGCGCUCGAGCGCUCGCAACCCAUAAGGUGUGGCACUCGCGGGGCGGCGCCGGCGAAGGCGCCGGUAGACCGGAUCGACAGUCAUCGCCUCCAAGAGUGCGAUCGAUGUCGGGCUCGUCAGACACGCCGUCCACCGUAUCGUCGAGCGGUUCCAGAGGUCGUGACAACAACGGCAACAAAAGAAGCGCUGAUACCACACCACUCGAGUCCAUGGAUCUGGUUUGGGCCAAAUGCAAGGGCCAUCCCUGGUAUCCGGCGCUAGUGGUAGACCCGGACACCAGUGACGGACCCUAUAAGCCGGCCGAACGCGUGUUGCGGACCCGACCGCCGCCCACCCCUGGCGUCGACCACUAUCUCGUCAACUAUUUUGAUGAGUAUCGGCUCUGGCAAUGGCUGAGCCGUAAACGCUUGUUCCCGAUCGGUGUGGACGCAGACAUUGACCGUAAAAAGUUGAUUGAAUGCCCCGAAGAGGGCGAACGCAAAGCCGUGAAGAUGGCCUUCAAAAGGGCCCUCAAAUUCAUGGCCCGAAGUCAGGAGUGCCCACACGACCGGUGCAGCACAUCGUACGACACGCGCCGCGGCCUCAACGCCCACACCGCGCACUACCACCCGAUGGCCGUCGCUAUCACCGGCCAUACACUGGACAAGUUGCCGACCGGCCCCACACCGGCUCACACUAAUAUACCACACUUUCAAUUGCAGUCCCUCUGCCACACGUGCGACAAGUUUUAG